AGUAUACUCGUACAAUAUCGGUAAAAAUUUGUCGAAAGACUCUGGUGGAGUCGCUAUCGUUCUCUUAAUCAGUUUCUUCCCAAAACUUCGUCAGAAGUAUUCACAAUGAUCAUGCACAGGCAAUGUCGAUGUUCGAUGAUAGCAAUAGUAAUGCUGGCGACACUGUGCGGUACACAUGUAGCAGUUGAUGGUAUUCUUAGAAAGGAAGUAAAAUUUAAUGAGAGUGCAUCUCCGAACGAAGCAAACGAGAACCAUGUUGAGCAGAACGAUGCUAUCGGGUUUGCUCAGCACGAGCAAGGAGGGGAAGAUGAGCAGGAAGUUGAGGACGGCACGUAUCUAAACGAGUGGGCUGUACAGGUGCACGGCGAUGCAGAUCAAGCUAGGAAAGUUGCCAGAGAAACCAGCUUUGAAUACGUUUCCACAGCGGGAUCUGUGGAGAAUUUCCACAUCUUCCGCCAUCCAUACCACCACGAAAGGGACAUCCAUGGUGCUGAGGAGAAGACAAGGAUGCUGGAACUCCAUGACCAGGU